CAGGCAUUCAUGCUGUCAAGGUACCACGCUAGCUCCUCGAACACCUGCCUCGGGAAGGUACCUGCCUUGUAGGAGCACGGUGCCACCUCACAUCGACCCGACCAACCGCCUGUGAGGUCACCCCGUGGCGGCAAUAGGGCUGGGGACUCGGUGGGGACACCCAUCUGGGCCGGGUCGGCUUUCCUGCAAAUCGAUCGCCACGUCCACGACGCCCAACUCUCCGGCUAACACGCAGGGGAGUCGGAGAUCCCGGACGCAGUCUGCCAAGACAUUUGGAGGCACCCUGAGGCCAAUACGCAGCAGCACACACUCCUACGUAGGCCCUACCUACACCUAUCAGCUGCCAGUCAGGCUGGCCAACAAAGCGGGCCACCAGCCUUCCUCCUGACCUCCCUGUGCUGCAGCAAGCUAGGAGAGCCAGGCGCCUGAGACAGCCAACCAACCAGUCAGCCCGUCCUUUCUGCCUUCUUGGGUUGGUUUACUCCUGUCCGCCCUCCGCGCUACCAGCCCAGCAAGGGUUCCCCGUCGCUCCGAAACGGUGCAAAAGACCACCCUCAGCCGUCGCCGCCCUUUCGCACCCCGCGCCGCCAAAACUUGACUCCCUGACAAACCCGAGGCGCCCAGCUCGCUGCCCAGGGCGUUUUCUGGUGCGCCCUUGUAUCUUGCAGAUUCGGUCCGUGCAGUUCAGACCGAGGCUGGCCUGCCUCAACUUUGGCUAGCUGCCGAUACACCUGUCUUUCCGCCAGCUUUCCCGAUUACCGUUCGACACCGCAGUCCGCCCCACGCCCUGUCUGCUGGUUUUCUCCAACGCGCGUGUGGGCGAAUACCUCAAACCUAUUAUCUACCUAGGUAGGUGGUAGCUACCUAGCUACCUCAGCGGCUGCCGCUCGGACAGUGUGCACUUCGCUGCCGCACCAGCGACACAACACCACAAUCAUGGCUACCUUCGCCACCAAGAGGCUCAGCAAGGAGCUCCAAAAGAUCCAAAAUGGCCUGCCUCCUGGGAUCGAGCUCAUCUCGGCCGAGGACUUCGAGGAGUGGACGCUGGACAUCCAGGUCCUCGACAACAAUCCCCUCUAUGCCAACCAGAUCUACAGGUUGAAAUUCAAAUUCGGAGCUACAUACCCCAUCGAACCGCCCGAGGUCGUCUUCUCAAAACUCGCGGACCGCCCUAUCCCAAUCCACCCUCACAUUUACUCUAACGGCAUCAUCUGUCUGGACCUGCUUGGCCAACAGGGCUGGAGUCCCGUCCAGAACGUAGAGAGCGUCUGCAUGAGCCUUCAGAGCAUGCUGACGGGCAACACUAAGAACGAACGUCCGCCCGGAGACGAGGAGUUUGUCAGAGGCAACCGACAACGACCGAAGGAUAUCGACUUUUACUACCACGACAAUAACGUAUGAGCCCCCUCAACGGGCGCAUUGUUGUCGCCGAAGCGGGGGCGGGGGAAUUGGUGCCGGCGGGUGGAAGAGAGAAUAAGAGAUCAGAACCCUGCGACGGCCGAGUCGCAUCGAACAAGUCGUAUCUCUUCUCUCCUACACAUCGGCGGCCGCCUGUUGCUACUGCCUACCCAAACCCUCAUACUCUGCCUCUCCUUCCUUUUCUGCCUUUUCCUUCCAAACUGUCUGGAGCGUGGUAUCGAGCGAUGGGCGUUGGUGAUAUGGGGGCCGAGAUAGAGCCUUCGCCUUUGUUUUCCUUUUUAUCCUCUUCCCCCCGCCUUCAAACGGGACACUGCAUCAAGCAACGGGCUUCAGUAUCAGGCUACCAUGGGAAGGCGACUUAAAAGGUUGGUUGAGCAUAUUAUUUGGGCGGUCUGCAGCGUCGCGGGAGAAGACCGCAUGGACAGAAAAAUCCCUGAAUUUUCGCACUUGCAUACAUGUACGUUCAGCGUUCACGCUCUGCUUCUUCCCCGUAUAAUCUAGUAGCAGGUUGAGGUGUUUCACAAGUGUCCUGUGUGAGUGAGGAAGAGAAUAAUUGUAUAUGCCGUUACGUGCUCGGGGCUGCUAUUGUACAUAUCCAGAGGAUGUUUGCCUUUCAUCUCAUCCAUUGUUUUGGCCUUCAUUGCGCGCCUGUAAUGGCGGUCCAAAAGACGAGUCACACCCCACCUACC